GAAACGGCGAAGUUUGUGUGUGAGUUUCUGUUAUCAGUGUUGAUGUGAAGUUCUUAGUGUGAAAUUGAUCAAAAUGAUAGAAUUGUUGUCGUUAUUUUUAAUGUUGUGUUACUGAAUUCGUCUUGAUUUCACAUUUAGGAAGUUGAUUCAAAUUGAUGAUCUAUAAUCCGGAAAAACCGAUAAUCUGGAAUCGCCGAAGUCCCAACGAGUCCGGAUUAAAGACUUUUGACUGUAUAAAGGGAAUGAUUAUGAGAUGCAUUUGCUGAUAUGACCGUCCUAAUGCCUAGCUGGUAUUACGAGAAAAAGGACUUGAAACGCUCUCCUUCCAUUCUAGAUGGCUUGGACAUUGAGAGAGAAAGCAGGUAUCGUAGGGAAGGUGCACGUUUUAUCAUAAAUGUUGGCACCAAAAUGGGACUACGGUAUGAUACUAUGGCUACUGGUGUUGUAUAUUUUCAUAGGUUUUAUAUGUUUCAUUCCUUCAAGACAUUUCCUAGAUAUGUAACUGCUUGUUGUUGUUUAUUUCUUGCUGGUAAAGUUGAAGAGACUCCAAAGAAAUGUAAAGAUAUUAUAAGAAUAGCUAGGACAUUCCUUGGCGAUUCUCAGUUCUUACAGUUUGGAGAUGAUCCUAAGGAAGAAGUGAUGACCCUGGAAAGGAUACUUCUUCAAACCAUCAAAUUUGAUCUACAAGUUGACCACCCUUAUGGCCAUCUUUUAAAAUAUGCUAAAUGCUUAAAAGGUGACAAAGGGAAGUUGCAACAUAUGGUUCAGAUGGCUUGGACAUUUAUUAACGAUAGUUUAUGCACUACUCUGUGUCUCCAGUGGGAGCCAGAAGUAAUUGCUAUCGCUUUAAUGUAUCUUGCUGGAAAAUUAAGCAAGUUUGAGGUUGUUGAUUGGGUUGGACGAUCAUCCAGGCAUUCACAUUGGUGGGAUAUGUUUGUUGAAGGAAUAUCCAUAGAGCUGCUUGAAGAUAUAUGUCAUCAGGUUUUGGAUUUGUAUUCAACACCAGUCCCUCAGACUCCUCAGGAUUCACCUCCAGCUACUCCACCUACAAAAUUAACAAGAAAAUCAUCCCAGCCUCCAUCUCCCAUUGAAACAUCUACAUCACCAGCCCAAACAAAGCCAAAGGCAGUUGACACUUCUGUAGGUCAACCAAUACCAAGGCUGGAACCUGGAGAACUGAAAAGAAAAGUUUCUCAGUCAGAACCUAAAAAUGAAGUUCCAGAAAAAAUUACUCGAGUUGAAGGUAAAACUAUACCAACUGUUUCCAGCAGUUCUCCAAAACCUGCCGCCAAUAAUCAGGAGUCUGAAACACAGGCAUCUUCGCCAUCAACACCAGUACCAGUGGAUGUACCUAAUAAAACUGCUAAGCAUACAGAAACUCCAGUGCAAAGAAUUUCUGUCACUGAUGCUGCUUUCAGGUCAGGAAUUACAUCUGCUACUAAGCAACCAUAUACACAGAGUGCCUCUUUCUUACCACCUGAACCGAUACCUCAGAAAGCAACUCAACAUAUUCCUCAGAUGCCAGCAACUUCUUUUUCUGUUACUGUUCCUCCACCAACAGCUACCUUAACUCAGCCAGCUGCACCAUAUUAUACAGCAGUAGCUCCUGACACUCAGCAUUAUCCAAAUAUACAACAACCUCCCCCUCAAAUAUAUCCACCACGUCCUAUGCAGUUCCAGCAUCCUCCUCCUCCUGUUACGCCAACUGCUCCACCUCCAUUGCGUCAGCCGCCACCACAGUUUGGUGAACUUCCUCACCAGUAUCCUCCUAAUUUACCCCCAACUGGAAUUCCUCCACCUUUUAAUUCUCAGUUUCCUCCUCCAAGGCACCAACCGCCACCUAAUAUUUUAAAUAAUCCCCCCCCUGCUCCAAUGCCAGGAAUUACACAACAUCCUCCUCCAAAUCAUCCUCCACCAAAUCGUCCUCAAGGUAUGCCACCGGUGCAAGGUAUGAUAAGAACUGGACCACCACCUCCACCUGGAGUAGGACCUCGUACUCCAAUGGGUCCACGUCCACCUCUAGGAUCAAGGACACCUUUAGGACCUCCUCAUAAUCCUCUUGGGCCUCCACGUAUGAUGCCAGAUAAUCCUUUUGGCCCAAGACCUGGUUCUGAAAUGUACAAUCCUCAUCAUGAGCACAGGGGUGGUCGUCCAACACCGGAACAUAUGCCUCAUAAUCAAGACUUUGGACCUAGAGGUCAUUAUGAUAAUGACAAUUCUGGUUUUCAGAAGAGACGUAUGGAACCUGAGUUUGAUACUUCUUAUUCUGAAUAUGAUCCUAAUUUCAGAAGGCACCAUCAACAAAAUCAGUUUGGGCAAGAUUUUGAAAGGCCAUCACCACAACCUAGAAGGUACACCUUAGAACAUCAGCCACACAGAAAGCUUGAGAGAGGUCCACCUCCAUCUAUGAUUAGCAAUAUGUCACAGCAACAAGGAGCUCCAACAGGCAUACCACCUGUAAGAAUAACGGGGAGCCAUUGAAGUUUCAUUGAGCAUUUUCAUCUGUCAUCUUACCUUCAUCUCAUUCGGAUCACUUCAUCUGUGCCAGGGAAGUCACUUCUGUCCUCAGGAUUCAUCUCCAGACAAAAUUGUGUAUUUAGUCCGCGAAUGCAUUCUGUAUGAUUUAAUUGAAUAAAUUUGUUAUUUUAUAAAUGA